UUCACUUAUCAACUUUAUAAACUAAAUAUGAUACUUCCAUUGAGCAUUGCUGUUGACGGAGGGUUAUACUUCCUUGAUCAUUUUGGCUGCGGAAGUGAAUUUUUUUCCUUCCCAGUUUAUGGUUUUUAUAUUCUGGUUGCUAUUUUGGUAUUGGCAAUUAUUCUGUUGCUGUCAUGUGAAGAAAUCACACGCGUGAGAGGUAAGGUAUCCCAAUAUUCACUCCAAAAGAACGACGGUUCACCGGAAAUAAAGGAUCUGUAUGAUGACAAACGCAAUCUCAGCCCAAGACAUGGAACGGCUCGUCUCGAUCGGAGGUCACUCUUGAAUAUUCAUGGAGAAGAAAGUGACUCUGUCGUCUUAACCCAAGCAAUACAAAAUCCUGAUAUCACUCACUUUCCCAGACCAUCGUCGCUGAAAGACGACUACCGGAUAAACGUAUAUCAUUCGUGUCUUGGUCUCAAGCAGCUUGUAAAGAGGCUGGAAAAAGAGAUGAAUAUGUUAAAAGUUCAGAUUUACGAACCUUCGGCCUUUGAGGAGAUCAUACGUCUUGAAAAUAAAUUACGGGAGGUGACGAAGGAAAACCACGAUCUAAACAGAGAAAACAAAUCUUUGAAAAGAUUCGAAAAACGACUAAAAAGGGAGUAUGAUCGUGGUAAUAUCAUUAACAGGUCAAAGUACGAUGCCGAACGGCUCAAUCUGGAAAAGGAAAUAAAAACGCUUAACAAAAAACUUAAGAAAGUCUGUGAGAAGCUCGCGGCCACACAGCAUGAAAAUGAAAAUCUUAAGAGGAAAGGGAAAGACGUAGUUAUGUACGAAAGGGUAAACGAGCUGGAAGCAGAGAACGAGAUGUUAAAAGAAAAAUUGCAAAACAUAACGCAACACCGGGACCACUGUAGUAGGGAAGACGAAAUUAGCAAUCUACUGCACGAGAUAUCGCGAUUGAAAGAAGACAAUAAAGCGAAGGACAACCUCUUGCAGAGACUGAAGGAAGAAAAAUCAGAGGUGGAAUGGCGGACCGUAUGGCAGCAGGCAGAACGGGAAAGGAUCAUGAAAGAUAGGGCUUUGAGAGAGCUGGAGAGACGGAAAGCUGAGCAAGAUGGCCAGAUACAUAAAUUAAAAUCAAAAAUAGAGAGAAUUAAAAGAGAAAAUAAAGAAAAAGAGGAUGAUAUCGCAAUAUUAGUACAAGAGGGAACAAACAAGGAAAAGAAGAUCAAUUAUUUAGAGAGAAAAAUACAGGGCCUUGUUAGGGCUAUAAGAGAAAUGGAACAUUUUCAGGAGAGCCAAGUCAAUGAUAAUAACGAGGAGCUGGAGAGGCUGAGAAAGGAUAUCGAAAGGCUGAAGAAGGACAAAGCCAAAAAGGAACGGUUGAUUGAGGAUCUGCAAAGGCAAAUCGAAAAUUCAGUGAAUGAGAAAGGGAGACAGGAAAUGAAUGGGCGAAUAGAGGAAUUAAUGGAGAAGAUAGAACGACUUGAGUGGGAAAAAUUGAAAAAGGAGAAUGGAGCUCAAGAACUACAAAAAGACAAUUUCGAAAAGGAAAGGGAAAUCACUGAUAUGGAAAAGAGAAUUAAUUCUCUCAAAGCUGAAAAUCAGGAAAUGGAGGAACAUCUGAAUAGAAUGGAACGGAAAAUGAAAGAAAAACAGAACCAGAUAACGAGGCUUAAAGGAGAAUACGUAGAAAAACUAACGAAUGUCGAAAGAAAUGAAAAUGAGAAGCUGGAGAGAUAUAUUAGGGAUUUAGAAUCUAAGAUAGAACUGAGGGCCAAUGAAAAUGCGAGAUUAAAGGAAGUUUUAAAGGAAAUAACGAAUGCCAAAAAUAAAUUAGAAGGCCAAGUAAAGGACCUGAGUGACACUGUAGAAAAAUGCAAAAGAGAUAACAUGGAAAGAGAUAACAUUAUUCAGAAUCUUGAGAGCCAAAUAUCAGAGAAGGAACUGGAGAUUACUGUUUUGGAAAACGAAAUGGAAAACCUCGAAGAAGAAAUGCAGUGGAUGAAAGAAGAUUUGAAUGAAAAGAAAUUUCAGAUAAGGGAAGCAAAUGAAGAAAUAAAAAGAAUCAAAGAAGAAAGUCUAGAAAAAAACCGCGAUAUUGAAAGAUUGGAGAACAAAAUGUCAGAGAUGAAAUGGAUAAACUCUGGGUUGAAACGAGAGAUAGAAAUAAUGAUCGUACAGAAUUCCGAGAUGGAAUGGAAGAUAGCUGGUUUUGAAAGAGAGAUAGAAAUGAUUAACAAAGAAAAGGAUAAGCUUGUUGAAAAAUUACAACAGAUGGAAAGUCUCCGACAUGAGAACGAAUUCCAAAUAGAUGAUGCAAAUGAAGAAGUAGAAAGGCUCAGAAAAAAGAUUAAGGAAAAGAAUCAUGAUAUUGACAGGCUUGGAAAAGAGAAUUACGAACUGGAAUGGCAGAUCGUUGGUCUGGAAAGAGAGAUAGAAAAAUCUAAUAUAGAAAAGGAAAAUAUUGCUGGAAAAUUACAAGAGAUGAUAAAACUUCGAAAUGGUAUGGAAAUGCAAAUAAGUGGUUUAAAUGAAGACAUAAUGAGACUCAGAGAAGAGAAUAUGGAAAAGAAGUAUGAUAUUGAAAAGCUUGAAAAAGAGAAAUCAAAGCUGAAAAGGAAAAUUUCUGGGCUGGAAAAACAAAUCGAAAUUAUGACUAGCGAAAAGGAGAGGAUUCAUGAUUAUUUACAAGAGAUGGAGAUCUUCAAGGAAGAGAGGGAGGGCCAAAUCUUUGAUGCGAAUGAAGAGGUCAAGAGACUGAAAGGAGAAAAUCAGGAAAAGGCAGUAGAAAUGGGAAGGUUGAAACGGGACGUUUCAGAACUGGGAUGGCAGGUAGAAGAUCGGGAAAGACAAAUCGCAAUACUUCUAGACGAAAAGGAGACCAUGGACUUGACCCUGCAGGAGAUGGAAAGGCUUAGGGAAGGGAAUGAACUGGAAAUAAAUGGUUUAUAUGGAGAGAUCCAAAGACUCAAGGUAGAAUAUGCGGAAAUAAACAUCGAACUGGAAACGUUUAAGAAAGAGGUUACCGAAAAGGAAUGGGAGAUUACGGGUUUGAGAAGAGAAAUUGAAAUGAUCAUAAGUGAGAAAGAGAGGAAUCAGGAGGCUUUGGAAGACAUGAGGAGAGACAGAAGUGAGUUGGAAUUACAGAUCAGCGAUCUAAGAGAUGAAAUAGAAAUACUUAAAUUUAAAAAUGAGGAAAAUGUGAACCUAAAUGAAUAUCUUCAGAAAGAGGUUUCAGAGAAGAAUUGGAAAAUCACUGGACUAGAUAGAAAUUUGAAUAUUCUAGCAGAGAAAGUCCAUGAAUUAGAAAUAGAUCUUCAGGUGAUGGAAAAACUUAAAAUCGAAAAGGAGGAAGAAAUUAGCGAGUUAACAGUGCAAAUAGAGAGAAUUGAAGGAGAGUGUUUAGAAAGAGCAAAUGAAGUAGAGAGGUUGGAAAAUGUGAGAGUAGAGAUGGAGUGGAAGAUCACUAAUUUCCAAAGGGAAAUAGAAAUUCUCAUUGAUGAAAAAGAGAGCAUUAUUGUUAACCUGCAGGAAACUAGAAUACAAAGAGAUGACAUGGAACUCUUGAUCACUGAUCUAAAAGAAGAGAUAGAAAUACUGAAAUUGGAAAAGAAUGAAAAAAAGAGCAUAAUUGCUUUUCUUGAAAAUGAGAUUGCAGACAAGAACUGGAAAAUUACGGGGUUGGAGAGAAAUGUGAAUCUUCUAGCAGAUCAAGUACAUGAGCUAAAUAUUAGUGUCCACGUGAUGGAGAAGCGCAUAAUAGAAAAGGAUGAGCAAAUAAACGAGCUGAAUAUCGAAAUACAGGACCUUAAACAAGUGAACAUGAAGAAAAUAGAUGACGCAGAAGAGGCUGAAAAACAAUGUCAAGUUAUGCAAUGGAAACUCGAUGGUUUGGAAAGGCAAAUAGAAACUUUCGCGAAUGAGAAAAUCGACAUGGAGAAGGAGCUGCAACAAUGGGAGAUUUUCAGGCGAGAAAAGGAAGAAGAAACGAUUGGUUUUCAUGGCAGGAUUGCAGAACUUGAAAUGCAAAUGGAGAAUUAUGCAGAAUUAGAAGAGGAGACAAAGAGGAAGGACAUCGAAAUAGAGGUUUUGAGUGAAGAAGUUGCCCAUCUAGAAAGAGAGAUUAGAGUGAUCAAUAAUGAGAUGGAGCAACUAAAACAAAUCAACGAAAAGUUGAAAGAAAGUUUCUUGAAAUUGGAGGAUUUUGUAGAUGGUGAUGUCGACGAGGAUAUGAAUAAGCUGAGAAAAAAGAUUAUCGAACUGCAGAUGGAUAUUCAUGUACUUAAUGAAAUGAAAAUGGAUAAAAUAAGAGAAAAUGAUAGGUUGAGAGGACAAUUAGAAGAGAAAGAUAAUAAGAUACGUAAGCUAAAAGGCAAGAUCGCUGAGCUUAAAGACGAAAUUAACUACAUGCGAAAUUAAAAAGGUGAUUAAACUCAUCGAGACUAUAUUAUUCGCAUGGAGGAAGGUAGUAAGGUAAUACGAGUAGAACUGGAUACUGGACUCUGUCUUUAUAACAAAACACUUACGAAACACAGCACAACGUACGAGGAGAAACAAUAUUUCUGCUCCCUGCAAAGCUCACUCUCUAGGUUAUUCUGAAAAGUGUAAUGUAAUAUGAAUAAAUGAAAUAUAAAUAAAUCUUUACUUUGG